AUGAAGCGCUUUGUCAACUGUCCCAUGUGUCCGACAUAUGGGUCAUUACCUCCUCCUCGCUCCGCUCCCAUCCUUUUCCUCAAGAGACUCAGUCCUCCUCAAGCCUCCCUCAGUCCUCUUCAGUCGUCCCCACUCCUCCCUCAGUCCUCCUCAGUCGUCCCCACUCCUCCCUCAGUCCUCCUCAGUCGUCCCCACUCCUCCCUCAGUCCUCCUCAGUCCCCCUCAGUCCUCAGCCCUCAGUCCUCCCUGCUGCCAGAACACGGGUCUUCAUCCCCGCUUCAGGACCUGCUCUUCACUCCUUCCGUUUGGUGGCAAAAGAAAAGCACUUUUUGCUGA